UAUUUUACAUCUCUAAAGGAAUGAUCUGUUGAUUGCAGAAAAAAUCAUCUCCACUGAGAAGUUAGGAACAAACUGUAGCGAAGAAUUAGAAUUAGAUUUCUGAUCCCCUAGCUGAAUUGUUUGAAAUCUGACUGCUUUGGAAAUUGAAGCUAUCCAGUUUGUCAACACACAAACCAACAAUUGCUUAUCACAGUGGAGCUGCUGAACAUGAGCCAUUCUGGAAAAAACACUAGUUUCACUUUUCAUUCUUACUCACGGUCCAUAAUUGUUCACAUAUCUGAAUGUACUCACUCAGUCUUCAGACUUCACUAUAUCCUUUGGGCUGGGAACAAUCUCAUCAGAGAUGAAAAUGGCAAUUAGCAGAAACUUCACAAAAAUAUGGAAAAAACAUUUUAGUCUUAUAUCGCCGUCGGUAUACUCACUUUUUUUGGUAGUGCUUGAAAAGAUGCUGGAAUCUGACUUUAAAUGCCCAGAAGAGCUGCACUUGAGACGUUCGUACAUCAUCUUACUUUUCAUUAUGCCAGCAGUGCUGUUUUUUAUAUUAGGCAUAAUUUUGCAGCCAGAGUGUCUACAUCCUUCUGUUAGAAAAAAAGAAUUCUACUACUUUUACAACAAGUGCAAAAGGCACAACAAAUGCAAAAGUGACUCUACAGAUAAGCACGAGUUUAGUAGCUGCUGGUGUGUUUUGUUAAAGGCUUCUUUUCCUGCUGUCUUGUGGAUAGUGAUCCUUCUUCUGGAUGGAAGAUAUACUGACUGCUUCAGUGAGAACAUCACAGAGUAUCAGAUUUUCCAGCUCUUGGGACUCGUUAUCAUAUUCGCUGCUGUCUGUAUUGGUUCAAUAUGCAAGUGCUGCUGCAAGAAGGGCUACAAAGAAAAGGUAGCAGUGGAUAAAGCUGAAAUCAAUCAACUAGAGCAAAAAGCUCGUGAGUAUAUGUUAAAACAGAAGGAAGAUGCUAUCCAGCAACGUGUAAAGGAUGAAUAUGGCCCGGAAAUAAUUUUAAUAUAUACUGACAAUAAAAAGUUAUCUGAUAUAAUAAAUGAAGUUUGUAAAAUUUCAGGAGAAGGCAACUCAGCUGACCAAGGAUCAAUAGGAACUGUCAGCAUUUCACCUCAAGGGACCUCCAGUCAGUCACCACAAGAGACCUCCAGUCAGUCACCUCAAGAGACCUCCAGUCCUUUACAUCAGGGAACCUCCAAUCUGUCACCUCAAGUUAUAUCAGAAAACACAAGUUAUUCAUGUGUGUGAGUUUUUCUGUAUUUUAAUAUGACACCACAGAAAGUCUGGUAACUGAUUAACAUACCAGUAAUAACACCAAACCAUGACUACAUAGCAACUGCAAUCUACUAAAUGCAUAAAAACCGAAGUGGAAAAUAAGGAAGGAGAUGCAUCCCCAGCAGUUCUGCUCCUCCAGCCUCCCCCUGCAGUUCUUGGCUUCCUCUUCCAGGCUAGGGGGGGGCUGUAGUGGGUUCCCCUCCCCCAUUCCAGGCGGGAGAGGGUGGCUCCAGGGGCUGCCCACCCUCCUCUGCCAGGCUGAUGCUCCAGGGAGGGAAAGGCGGCAGAGCUAUCUUGUCCUGUUGUUCACAAGAGGGGAGAAGGAAAUGGCAGUGGAGCCACCUUGAACUGUUGGGCUCUUUAGUUCCCUCUUCCUCCUUCCCCUCCCAUGAGAAUGGUAUCUGGAUGUCGAGGGGGUGGAGAGGGGGAGAGAGCUCUGAGCGCAAAGUGCCAGAUCCAUAGCAGCACUACACCUCUGCUGGAUGAGAUUUCCUGAGGUAUGUGUAAACAUGUGACACAGGGUUCAAAUAUGUAAGUCUUAUAACUCAGGUGUCUGAGAUCUCAGGUUCCUCAUUGCAUGAGCUUUCCAGUUCUUCACAGCAAGAGAUCUCCAACCCUUCACCUCAAGGGUUUUCCAAUUCUCCACUUCAAGAGGUUUCAAAAGUUUCAUCUCAAGGAACUACAGAUUUCUGAUUUCUAAUAGUCGUGUAAUCUCCAAGGGAAAAGCUACAACACAACCUCAUAACCUGCUUCUCUCAAUUGGAAAACAAAGAGAAAUUAAAAUUAAGGAUGAUUAAAAUUCUGUCCAUAUCUAGUUAAACAAUGGUCAUAGGGUGACCACCCAUCAUUAAAAUAUCUUCCGAUGGCCAAGUAAGUUUUUGAAAUGUAGAUAGAAGUUUGAGGUGACCACAGUGAUUUGUGUUCAGGAAGAAAAUCUGAGAGACUGCCAAUAAUCCGCUCAAGACUUCUGCAGCUGUUAAAUAGUUUAAAUACAAGGCUUACCUAGCAAAUGUAGCUCAGUUGUUUUUCACAUGCACUAGAUUUGCUUUAGCAUUUACUUUCAUAUUUUUAUGUGCAAGGCAUUUAAAAAUAAAGGCACUCUGAAACUCAA